AUGGAUACCGACAAAGGUGAAAACACAUGGGACAGACUGGUUCACAGCAAUCCCGAUGCAAUUAAAAAUCGUGACAACGGGGAUGUGGCCUGCGACUCCUACCACAAUUGGAGGGAUGACGUUAAGAUCGCUUCCGACCUGGGGCUGCAUUUUUAUAGAUUCUCCAUAUCAUGGGCAAGGUUACUACCUACAGGGCUGCCUGACAGAAUAAGCGAAGACGGAAAAAACUACUAA